CCUGGGCUUCAGUAUGAGGUUAGCAGCAUGCUGUGCAUCCUGCCAACACCAUGUACCGGUGGCCUCUGGUCUGCGCCCUGUGGUUACUUAAGCACAUGGAGCCUGAGGCUGGGAGAGGCGCUAGAGCCUUCAUGAGGCCCCCUGGAGCUCUGGGACCUGACCUGAGAGGCAGGAGCUCCCCUGGGGGGUCCCAAGUCCGUCUCUCACUCACUGAGCAUGGUAAGAAAUCCUCACUCAGCUCCCGUGGCACUGAAGCCUCUCGCCCAGGCCUCAGCUUGGAGAUGAGCCAGCAGGUAGCCUGGCUCCCUCUGCCCCUGUCAGGACACUGGAGGUGGCCGUGCUGGUGCCCAUGACUACUCCCCACUGUGAGGGUCAGCCCUGCCUCACACGGAGCAGGUGCACCCACGCACCCUCUUAUUCUCUUCCCUCCCCACAGAGCAGCCCUCCGAGGGCUUACCUUCUCCAUGGAGAGCAGGAAUGUGGCCCUGGGACCCUGGAAGACCGGCAGAGAGGCUUUUGUGACGUUUGAGGAUGUGGCUGUGGAUUUCACGCAGAAGGAAUGGGAGCUGCUGAGCCCUGCGCAGAGGACCCUGUACAGACACGUGAUGCUGGAGAACUUCAGCCACCUGGUGUCGCUGGCAGGAAUUCCCUGUUGUAAACCGGAUCUCAUCACGUGGCUGGAGCGAGGGGAAGAGCCCUGGAGGGAAGAGAGGAGACACUGUCCAGGCCCCCAUCCAGGUGAGGGGAGCCUCCGGGUGGACACUGGCCUUCGGCCUUGCAUGGUGGUGGCGGCUGCUCAGGGGCCCUGGCAGGAAGCUGUCCUCCUGCACCGCGGCUGCUGGGGCUGCCUGGCCCUGCCUCCCUCCCACCCCAUCAUCUUGGAUGAGUGAGGGGGUGUCCUGGGUGCCCAGACACCUUCCGACUGCAGGAAGCCCUCCUUCUCCCCAGUAGGCUUUCCCUCUGUGGCCUUGCUGACCCGGCUCUCUGAGGCAGCAGUGGGGUGUCUUCUCUGUGUUACUGUCCUGCAGGGCCCCGUGUGUCCCAUCUUCCACCUCUUCUUGCCACCAUUGUCUCUGGGGCCACUUCUCCUUCCUUUUCCCUCUUGUUACCGAGAGGCACUGCCUUCGGGUGGCUGCUGUCUAGAGGUGGGCACCAUGGGAACUGCUUGUCACAGUUCUUUCUCCUGUCGCCUGGACGUGCUGUCUUGGAGCAAUGGGGGUUCCCCUUUGGGCCCCCUGUUCCCGUCUCCUGUGUGCCCAGUACUUUCUGGGCCUCCCUCCCCCAGGCCCUUGUGGUGGGAUCACGGGAGAUUCUGCUGAGAUCUGAUGCCCCUUCCUUGGCUGUGGACAAGUGUAAAUUUGUGGGGUGUCUUCUGGUUAUGCUGAGGGUGUUGGUUUUCGGCUUCGUC